AUGUCUGAAGCUAGUACACCCGUUCAAAAAGAAGAGGACUUGGAGCUUGACGACGAUGACUUGGAAAUUAUUCGCAAAGAAAAAGUUAAUGGCCGUGACUUUAUCAAGUUAACCGAAGAAAAGCUUGAAAGACAUGGAAUGAAAAUGGGACCUGCAUCGAGGCUUGCGGACUUUGCCAAAGAGUGUAAGGAGAGGAAGAAGCGCUCGUUUUCCUCGUAUAAGACUCUGAAAGACUUAAAAGAGGUAUUAGCAAAAUAUGGAAUUGAUGGUAAUGGGAUAGGUGCAAUCCGUCAAUUACCACAAAAAACAUAUACACUCGAAGACAAUGAUGAGGAAUUGAUACAAUGUGUAAAGGAAAUAAAGCGCAGGUUGGGAAAUAUGGGGACAUUGCUUGCUGAUAGCAACGAAGCCAUGCGGUGUGAAUAUAUUUCAGCCAUCCUUCACGCUUCACUAUAUAUUGUCAAGAGAAUAACAGAAAAGGAGAUCACUUUGGCUCCCCAGUUAGAAGUUGUCGGUGAGGAAAAUACCGGUCGCGUCGAUUAUGCGGUCAAGGCCCUUGAGGAACUUAUUUGCAUCACGGAAGGGAGAUUAUAUCAAGUGGUCAUGGGCUUUGCUCAGAAUCUGGUCCAAUGCGAAAGUGCGUUGCAGAUUAAUAAGAAACGUAAGGCAGAUACUGCUUUCGGGGAGGAUUUUGACUAUAUUUAUGGAAUCGUUACAACAGCUACGGAUUGUAUCCGAUUUACCGAGUCUGCUUUGAAAGAGGGUUCGGAAGAAGAAAAGGAGUUGUUUAGAAAUGUGAAGCGAGUGAUAGAAGUUGUUGUUGGUUUAUUGAAGGAUAGGGUAGAUGUAGAUAAGGAACCAGCGAUGAAGAAGCAACGGGUUCAAGAGUAUUUUGAGAAAAAAUAA